CAGUCAGCAUCACAUUGUACUAUUUCAUCAUAUACAAUGAGGUUCUUAUUUGUCCUGUUAGGUCUUGUGGCUUUUGCCUCCUGCAACAGCGGUAGCGUCAAACAACGCGCUGCUGACCAGGAUCUCCUCAGAAAACAACAAGAUUGUAUCCAACUCCUGCAAAAGAUCACACAAGAAAUCCCGAACCCACAGCUUCAGAACCUUGGCACUACCUAUGACAUCGACAGCAAUGCACACCAAUACAACAACCCCAUCAUUGUGAAAUACUACAGUGGUGCUGUAAGAGCUGGUCUGGUACAACCUAAGGGUACAGUGUACAGCAACUCCAUCAGCCAACUGCGCAAAGAAGUCGCCCUUCUUUCCAGAAUUUUAUUAGGCGCCAAGGACUACCCAACUUUCCUGAAGACCGCUGCCUGGGCUCGCGUUCAUGUCAACGAAGGACAAUUCGUUAAGGCCUUUGCUGCUGCUGUUCUGACUCGCCAAGACACACAGGGUGUGAUCCUCCCCCCAGCCUACGAAAUCCUGCCCCAAUUCCACUUGGACGCCAGAAUCAUCCAGGAAGCUCAACAAAUUGGCAUCCAACAAGCUAUUCAACAGAACAUCCAACACAACAUUUUGAUCCCCGUCAACUACUCCGCUACCUUGUCCCACGAAGAGCAACAGCUCUCCUACUUCACUCAGGAUGUUGGUCUUGCUGCCUACUACAGCUACGUCAACCUUGCUUCUUACAUCUUGGACAACGACCAAGAACAACAACAACAACAAGAACAACCCCUGACUCAGCAACAAUACCAACAACAAAUCGUAGGCAAAUACUUGCAACAAGUAGGACAGAACCAACAAAACACCAUCGGCCAUGGAGCUCAAUUCUUGUACCUCCACCAACAACUGUUGGCUCACUACGAACUUAACCGUCUCUCCAACGGACUCAGCCCCAUCCAAGAAAUCGACUACGAAAAUGUGCAAGCUCUCUACCAACCACACCUCCGCAACCUUAACGGACUUGAAUUCCCAAGCCGCCCACAGAACCUCCAACUGCAGCCACAACAGAACCAGCUCAUCCAAGCUGUCACCACCCUGGAACAAAGACUGAUGGAAGCCAUCGACUCUGGCCAUGUCAUCACCCCACAAGGAAGCUUCCUUUCUCUCUACCAACCACAAGGCAUGAACAUCCUUGGUGACCUGAUCGAAGGUUGCGGCAGAAGCAUCAACCCAAGAUACUACGGAAGCCUUCAAGCUGUAGCUCGCAAACUCCUCGGCAACGCCCCUGAAGUUGAGAACGUAUGGGACUACACUCCAUCUGCCCUUGAACUUGGACAAACCGCUGUGCACGACCCAGCCUUCUACCAACUCUUCAAGAAAGUGAUGAACCUCUACCAACAAUACCAACAAUCUCUGCCAUCCUACCAAGCUAACGACCUCAUCCUCCCUGGAGUCACCAUCCAGAACGUUGAUGUCAGCAACCUUGUUACACUCUUCACUGACUACUACAUCGACCUGGACUCCGUUACUCCACAGUCUGAACAGACCCAACAACAACAACAAGAACAAGUUACCGCUCAUGUUAAGGCUCAUCUCAAGAGGUUGGACCACCAUCCCUUCCAAUACCAGAUUGCUGUACACAGCGAACAAAACGUUCCCAACGCCGUUGUCCGUGUCUACCUUGGACCGAAACACAACUACAAGGGUCAACCCAUUGGCAUCUCCCAGAACAGGCAUCUCUUCGUUGAGCUCGACCAAUUCAUCCACAACCUUCACCCUGGCCAGAACGUCAUCAUCAGGAACUCUCAACAAGCCCCAGGACAGAGCUUUGACUGGCCAUCCGUCUCCCAGAUCCAACAAGGUGUCAACGGUGCUAUCCGCUCCCAAGAACCAUACUACAUCACUGAGCCACACCAGAUCUUCAGCUUCCCAGCUAGAUUGGCCCUCCCCAAGGGACAACAACAAGGUUUCCCUCUUCAAUUUGUCGUCGUGAUCACCAGCUCUAACCCACUCAACGUCCCAUACGGACCAGUGAUCCCAGAACAAGCUUUGACCUUCCAAGACCAACAAUUCCAGAUCGUCCAACCUGAACAAUACGAACAACUGAAACAACAAAACCUCGCUCAAGUCAGCGGUGGAAUCCAACAGAACGUGGAAGUCCUCCCCGAAAACUUGGUCAACGCUCAGCAACAAAUCCAAGCCGUGAGGAACCACUAUGCCAACGUCUACACCAAAUACCACGGACAAUACCCACAAAACCAAAUCCAGAACCCAGUCGGCCAAGGCGAAGACAUGACCUGGAUUCAACCUGGUGCUGGAGUAGCUAACGCAGCUGCAGCCGCCCAAGGAUUGGGAUUACGCGGACAAUCGAUCUCUGGACAAACCCCACAAAUGCAGAACCAGAUCCAACAACAAAUCCAAGCCCAAGCCCAAGCUCGUGCUCAAGCUCAAGCCCAAGGUCAAGCAGGACAAGCAGGACAACAAUACCAAGCCGCUCAAAUGAUCUACGGACAACACCACGGAAUCAAAUGGGGAUCCCACGGUGCCCAAGGUGUACAAGGUUUACAAGGAAUGCAGGGAACCCAGAACCUCCAAGGUGUACAAGGUGUUCAACAAGGUGUACAAGGUGUCCAACAAGGCGUACAAGGUCUCCAAGGCGUCCCAGCUGGCGUAGCUGGUGUACAAGGUCUCGCAGGUGUCCAAGGAAUCCAAGGUACCGUACAAGGUGUUGCCGCUGGUCUCCAAGGAGUACAACAAACAUUAGGCGCUGAACAAGGCCCUCAAGCUGUUAAGAUCGCAUACGGUAUGGAAGGAGCUCAAGGUAUCGGUGGAGUACAAUCCUGGGGACCACAAGUACAAGGUGGAAUCGCCGGAACUGGCAUCGUCGCUAGUGGACAACAACACGCUGGUGGCUUCCAAGGUGCCUACGCUCAGCCACAAACUGUUCAAGACCCGACCGUCAGCGAAUACUUCCAGAACAAACCCAUCUCUGAAAUCAUCGGUGGUGCCAUCUCCCUUGAUGGCAAACCCCUUGGUUUCCCAUUGGACAGACCUCUGACCCCUGGUGCCCUCAGCGUCCCCAACAUCUUCGUCAAGGACGUUCUCGUCUACCACGCAGGACAACCCACCAACGACAUCACUCAGUAAAUCCAGUUCCUAUUGGUGGAGCCGUAUACGAUGAUUUAAUAUCACGAAUUUAGUGCGCGAAAUAUUGUAACAUUAAUCUAUCAAAAAAAAUUGAUUUAUCAAUGUAUCAAUUAUAAUGAAUAAAUUGCUUUAAA